UGGUUUUUUUUCCUCUUCUUCCAUAACCAUCAAUUUCGUUUUAUUUUUGCUUCAAUCCUGCGUGUGUGUGUGGUAUACCUCUGACAAAUGCCAGGAACUAUCCAAGUUUCAGUUUUGGGUCUUAUUGAUGAUGUUCAGACAUCUUCUCCUCCAGGUUCUUCAAACACUUCCAUUAAAGUUGCUAUGGGGAAGCUAGAGUAUCGAACCUCGGAUUCAGGAGACUACAUUUUUCCAGUAACGAGGCUCCGAGAAAAUCUGAUUGUUAGUCUAUUAGAUGUCAAUGGAAACGGGAUACUACACAGAGAGAUAGAGGCAAGAAUGAUUAUAGAGAGUGGUUUCUUGGAAGAGAAACUUUCCUUCAAUGGCUAUGGAAAUGUCCAGUUGAAAAUGCAGUUUGUUUUAACCGAAGAAGAUCGAAAUCGCAUUCGUUUCUUGAGACAAUCAGCAUUGCGAAAGAAGCACGAGGAGCUUGUCAAUGGGAGUUCUUUUACCAAAUCUAAAAGCAUUGCUUCAGAUCUGUCUUCUUUAAGUCCAAUGCAAACCCGAGACAUCGUGGCUGUUACUAAUCCUAAGAAAAGUCUUGGUCUGUCUCCACAAAGCGAGCUUGAAAUUAAUGCAGAUAGAGAACCGGUUUCGCCAAAUCUUAUAAUGUGGAAGCCUGAAGUAAAUGAAACUGUUCAACCAAAGAAAGAAGAGAAGCCAAAAAUUCAACUAUCUUCUUCAUAUGUUUCCUCAAGUAAGAAGCUUCUGGAGAUUAAAAAAGUGGAGAGUGUCUUGCUAGUGAAGCAAGAAGAUAAGGGUUUGAGCAUACCGGAAAAAAACCCUAAACGGGAGUCAAUGAGGAGGAGUAUGUCAGAGACGAAUUUGAGCAAUGUGCGGAAAAUGAUUAGCAACUUUGAGGUCAAAGUUACUCCUCAGGAUACAAAAAUUCGGACAGCAAAGAUUCAAACUGGUAAAGAAUCGAAGGAGAAAAUUAAGGCGCAGCCACAACAGGAAAGCGCUGUGACUCUAGAGAAACCAGAAGAAAGGAAGAUUAGCUUUAAGGAUAUGGAGAAGUCAAUGAGUAAAGAGGACACAGAGAGAUGUGAUGCUUUAGUAAUAGUUUCAAGAGAUGAAAGGACAGUAGUUAUAGAGGAGAAGAGUGACUCUAUAAGUAAGCAGAGGCGAAAAAGAAUCUCUGUGGUAGAAGUAAGAGAUGGUGAGAAGAAACCAAACAAAUCUGUGCGCUUUAAGGAUUCUCAACAAGAGAAUGCAAGAGGAUCCCGUCUCUGGAUAUUUCCAGAUGAGGCAAAAGCAGAUUUGUUACAUAAGAACAGAGAAGAGUCCACUAGGGAAAACAUCGGUGAGUGGGGGAUCAGCUGCAGAAGUAUAGCGAAAGUGAAUAGCCACAACAAGUGGAAGAACAUUGAGAGAUCAAAGAAACAUAAGACUGAGAAUUCUGCAGAUUCAGAAAGUUCACAUGGACCUGAAAAUUUUCAGGUAAUGCGUGCGUUGAUCGUGGCGGGGUUUGCAGUGUUAGUGUUUUUGACACGGCAAAGAACUUAAACAAGACGAGCUGCAUUUGAUUUGAGAUGGUAAUAUUGGAUUCAAUUAUUUUUUCAACCAGAGUACCAGACUGUUAUACAUGUAUUAUUGCACAUAAUAAAAGUUUUCAGUUAUCCUUAAAAAAAAAAAAGUCAAGCUUUAAGCCUA